CCCUGUCCUAUGUUGGGUUCUAAGUAUGAAAUUGAUUGUUUUUUUUUUCUCGUUCUCACUUCGCCGUAGAAUCUCUCUCCACCCCGCCCUCUCUCUCACCGACGGUCUCCCUCUCACUUCACGGCAGUAUCUCCUCCAAUUCUCUGUCCCAUUAUCCGGCGCCGUCACCGGCACCAGCGAAGCUUUUCUCUGCCUGCACCGCGUAAGAAUUAUGAGAUCUCCGCUGCUUUAAUCAUUCCGAUCGCGCUUGGGUAUUUGGUGGAGGACCACUGGACCGAAUCCGAUACUAUAUCGAGCGCUACUGAUGUAGCCAAAGUAGUAGAAGGCGAAGAGCAGAGUCGAACAUUGGCAGCGGCAACUGAUGCUACGGGUUCAUCAUCAAAGCUUAAUACGACAUAGACUUCCAACGAUUUUCUCUCUCUCUUGGGAUUUGCAAGCCCGUAGGAGGAGGUGGUAGAAGUGAAAUCAGAUGGAAUCAUAUCUAAUUGAUUUUGACGAGUAUCUUCAAAUGGCCCAAUUAGUUGCUCUGUUUCUCUUUUUUGUGAAGACCAAUGACUAUCUCUCUCACACUCGUUCUCACUCUCUCUGUCUCACUAUCUCCAUCUCUGUCCUACACUCUCUGUUUCUCAUUUUUGUAUUGCAUUAUAUUCUUCCUAACAUGACUUGGUAUGGCUUGCUUUCCAGAUAUGAUUGAUUCCAUAUCUCUUAAGUGUUCUGAGAUAUGCCAUAUAUAUUUCCUCUGUUAUUUUAUUAUUUAGUAUAAAUAUAUCUAUUAAAAGAUUACGAUAAGUAUUAUUGAAUAUCCUUAUAUAUCUUAAUUUUUUAUGAUUUUUCUUUUUAUAUAUAUUUCUUAAGAAUGAUCUCAUACUUGCUUCCUUGCAGUUUUGUGUGGAGGCCAAGAACUUAAGAAAAAGCAUGGAAGAAAGACUAUUGGCAAGGACAACCAUUGAUGAAGCUAAGCAGAAAGGAGAAGAAAGUCCACAUGAAAAUGACUCCUCCUCAGCCACUCUUGUUGUUGUUCUCAGCACUAUGGUCGCCCUCUGCGGCUCACUCUGCACUGGCUGCGCGAUUGGAUAUACCUCACCUGCUCAAUCUGGAAUCAUGGAAAGCUUGGGCCUGUCAGUUGCAGCUUUCUCAGUUUUUGGAUCUAUAGAUACAAUAGGUGGAGUGAUAGGUGGACUAGUAAAUGGGACUUUAGCUGAUCUCUUGGGACGUAAAGCUACAAUGUGGUUCUCUGAAGUACUAUGCACUGCAGGUUGGCUUCUUAUAGCUUUUGGAAAGAAUGCUUGGUGGCUGGACAUUGGAAGACUGUUACUUGGCUUUGGAAAUGUGGUUAAUUGCUACUUGAUACCUGUGUACAUUGCUGAAAUAUCUCCAAAGAGUUUACGAGGAGCAUUCACAUCUGCAAACCAGUUGAUGAUAACCACAGGAGUUUCUUUGAUGUACUUCAUUGGCAAUGUAAUAAACUGGCGCAUCUUGGCUCUCAUUGGUGUCAUUCCAUCUCUGCUGCAUAUUUUAGGAUUGUUCUUUAUUCCUGAAUCUCCUAGAUGGCUGGCAAAGAUUGGGAAACACAAAGAGCUUGAAGCUGCAUUACAGAGCCUUAGGGGGGAAAAUGCUGAUAUCUCUAAAGAAGCAGCUGAAAUUAUAGACUAUACAGAGGCCUUUCAGCAGGAUUCAGAAAGGUUUCUAGACUUGUUCCAAUGGAGAUAUGCUCAUUCACUCACUGUUGGAGUUGGGCUAGUGAUGCUGCAAGAUUUGGUGGGAAGUGGUGCAAUUGUUUGCUACUCUAGCUCCAUAUUCGCCAAUGCUGGUUUUCCUAGUAGUACUGGAACCAUUUCAAUGGCUGUUAUCCAGGUACCUGCUGUUGCACUGAGUGUUCUUGUGACUGAUAAAUUGGGACGACGUCCACUUCUAAUGAUUUCUGCAGUGGGAACAUGCUUGAGCUGCCUUCUUAUUGGCUUGUCAUUCUCAUUUCUGGGUUUUGACAAGUUGCAGCAUCUCACUCCAAUAUUGGUGUAUAUUGGAAUAAUGGGGUACAUUGUAGCAUUUGUCAUGGGCAUGGCAGGAUUACCCUGGGUUAUAAUGUCAGAGAUUUUCCCAAUAUAUGUUAAGGGUUCAGCUGGAAGCCUCAUGACUUUGGUAGAUUCAUUAUGUUGUUGGUUAGUUGUAUACGUGUUCAAUUUUUCUAUGGAGUGGAGCUCCUCAGGUGCAAUUACUAUCUACCUAUAAAAUACAGUUAAGGAACAUUUUUCAUGUUUGCGGCAAUUGGUGGAAUAGCUGUUGUUUUCGUUAUCAAGCUUGUACCGGAGACUAAAGGGAAAACUUUAGAAGAAAUACAAGCUUCAAUUGCACAUUUUCUUCCCUAGCUAGUUCAUCAACAUUUAUAAAGAUACUAAUAAUGUAUGAUUCGUUUUACAUACAUUCAAUCCAAAUAUUCUGGUGUUGACCCUUUCUGCU